AUGAAUGAGACAGAGAUUGAUCCUUUAUCACCACCAUCAACAUUGGUAUUAUUUACUGAGAAGAAGUCGGAUGACAAAAGCAGUGAGAAAAUCAAAUCAUGUUCGCAUCAAAAUUUAUUUUUAUUCAUAAAAAGAUUGAAUUUAUACAAAAAUAAUCGGUCAAUAUCACGUAUUGAUGAUGAAAUUGAACAUAUUCGAUACCAGUUGAUUGCCACUCGUCUCUAUGUAGUAUUAUUCAUUAUUUUUUUUAUUGCAUUCGUUAGUUAUACAACAAUUUAUCAGUCAAAAGAAAGAGUAACAAAACACACUGGUUUAUUAACAUAUUUUGACUAUAAAAAGUUACAGACAAAAUAUUCAGACAAUCUAAAAUGUCCAUGUUCACAUCAAACAAUAUCGUAUAAAACUUUUCUAUCCAUAUCUCCCACAUUUCAUCAACUAUGUUCAAGUGACUUUAUUAGUGAUGAAUGGCUCGAUUAUUUAUCAAAUACUAUUGAUGAUGAUUAUUUUUUUUUGGAUUUUCGAAAAUAUGGUCAAAGCUUCUUUCAGGCGCUAUCAACGCUUUGUAAAAUGGUUCGUAAAACUGUUUUUGAUGCAUUAGCUCAUGUACGCACUGCAGUACUGGUUAGUCCAACACUGAUAACAAAAGAUUCAUUUUUAUUAGAAACGGAUGCCUUCAUUGAUUUAUUUAAAACGCAAACAAAGCGUUCAUUUUUAAAAACGUUUAGUUUAAUCCGUCAUACGUUCCAUAGUAAUAGGCUAUUGAGUGGUACAGCAACAUCCUCUGUGCCUUUUAUAACUGAUGGUAAUAUUCAUUUACCCGUUAAUUAUGUUUAUUUUGUAUUUCCUGACAAAAAUCAAACAAAAUGUAGUUGUGACAGCUCAUUGAAAUGUGCUGUACAGCUGAAUUUAUAUAGUACUUCUCUUACUCGUCAAAUUUUAUUCAAAAUUCAUGGUCUUUACAUUAGUUGUUAUCCAAUAGGAUCUGUUCUCUAUUCUUCGUUCGAAACCUUUUAUAAUCAAACUUCUAUUGACGAAUUACAAUCAUACAUUAAUUCAACAUCUCCAAUAACCGUUGUAGCUCUUAAUUCAUCUUUGCCAACUAAAUAUUCACAGAAUACAACGAUGGAAAACAUUUUAAAUGAAUUAAUGAUUGAACAAUGGCAUUCAGAUAUUAGUUAUGAGAACUAUUAUAAUCAAUGUUUACCAUUUAAUUGUACUUAUACGUAUGUGAAGCGAUGGACAAAUCUAAUGCAUGCAAUUGUAAAUGUUAUUGAAACAAUCGAUGGAUUAUCAACUGUGUUAAUCAUUAUAACACCAUCAAUCAUUAAACUAAUACUAAGAAUCAAAGAUCCAAGAACCAGAGAAUCAGGUAAGUGA